CUUUGCUAGGCCAAGAUCCUUUCCUUUCCCUUGGUUUGUCUUGCACUGUCUCUCAGGUCUUUCUCCUCUGAUACAGAAACAGCACAUGGGAUUUAUGAAGGGCUAUCACAUACCAGAUGAAAUACAAAGCAGGAGCUUUGAAGCCUGAGUAAUGGACCUUGGCAGCCCCAACUCAACUUGGCUUAAUUCAGCCUUACCGAACCAGAUCCCACUCUGCUCCCUGGACUUGCUGUAGCUCUCUGAUCCUGGAAUCCUCUUCAGUUCCAGCUAGAAUGCUGCAUCAGACACUUCGUAGAUUUGGUCAAAAACUGGUAUGCAAACUGAGGCUGAAGGAACCAGUGGCUGAGGAUGACCCACAGAGAACACUGAACACUCUGGAUUUAGUGGCCCUGGGUGUGGGCAGCACAGUGGGUGUAGGUGUAUAUGUCCUGGUUGGUGAGGUGGUCAGCAAUCAAGCAGGACCAUCUUUUGUGAUAUGCAUUUUGGUGGCUGGCCUAUCUUCUGUGUUGACUGGGCUGUGCUAUGCAGAGAUUAGUGCCCGUAUUUCCCAAUCUGGCUCUGCAUAUCUCUACAGCUUUGUCACUAUAGGUGAAAUCUGCGCCUUCAUCAGUGGCUGGAACCUCAUCCUCUCCUUUGUUGCUGAGAGAGCCAUUGUGUUCAGCACAUGGAUCUUAACUUUUGAGAACCUGCGUGGGAACCGCCUCUCUGAGACUGUGCAAGAGAGCAUCUCAGCACACGUUCCCCCUGUCCUUACAGAAUAUCUAGAAUUCUCUGCCCUGGGUUUUGUGUUGUUGUUCAUGGAAUUCAGGAAUAUUUGGUAUUUCAGGUCAUUUUCGACUUCCACACCUGCCAAAGUGGUCAUAUUGGUGAAACUUUUGGCUCUCAGCUUUGUCAUAACCUCUGGCUUCAUUAAGGGGGACCUGAACAACUGGAAGCUCACAGAAGCGGACUAUGUAAAGGCUGGACUCAAUGACACCUCUACACUGGGCCCUCUGGGCGAUGGAGGAUUUGUGCCUUUUGGCUUCAAGGGGAUUCUCCGUGGAGCAGCUACCUGUUACUAUGCAUUUAUAGGUUUUGACUAUAUUGUUACCAAAGUUGAAAACGCCCAGAAUCCCCAGCGUUCCAUCCCCAUGGGCAUUAUGGUUUCACUGUUCAUCUGCUUUUUCUUGUAUUUUGGUGUCUCUUCAGCACUUACGCUUAUGGUACCUUACUACCAGCUCCAACCUGGGAGCACCUUGCCUGAGGUAUUUCUCCAUAUUGGCUGGGUCCCUGCCUACUACGUGGUAGCUUUUGCAUUCCUGUGCAUUCUUUCUGCCAGUCUUUCACGCUUUGUGAGGCCAAUACAUCGGGUAUUAUACAUGAUGGCAAAGGAUGGCCUCCUGUUCUGUUUCCUUAUCCAUAUCUCUUACUUCCAAUAUGCUGUUAUCAUGAACAUUGUGAUUGUUGGACCUAUUGCAGCCAUUAUAUUCUUCUUUGGAGUCACUGAUCUCUUGGACCUAAGUGCAGUUGGGUCACUGAUUUCUCGCUCCCUCGUUGCUCUUUGUGUUCUCAUCCUCAGGUACCAGCCUGAGGAAAAUGAAGCAGAGGUGCAAGAGGAGGAUGUAUCUGCAGCAGAGAUGCUGACUCUACAACGACUACUUUUUCCAGGCAGUCCCACCCCCACUCCACUCUCUGGCUGGGUUGUCCGUGUUUGCUCCUCACUGCUUGUUCUGCUGCUCACUCUUCUUUGCCUGGUGCUGACUCAGGGGCCAGUUCUGCUUUCUGGAGACCCAGUGUGGAUUUCAGUGGUUGUAGUGCUCCUGGUGCUCAUCACUGGGCUCACUGGGGUCAUCUGGAGACAGCCUCAGAUCUCCAGUUCCCUUCACUUUAAGGUCCCUGCUCUGCCUCUCCUCCCACUACUGAGCUUCUUUGUGAAUGUUUGCCUUAUGAUGCAGAUGACAGCUGCCACCUGGGUGUCAUUUGGUGUCUGGAUGCUGAUUGGGUUUGCUCUCUACUUCAGCUAUGGGAUCCAGUGCAGCUUGGUCGCUUAACUUCACUUAAGUUAGGGCCAAAACUGUAGACCUUGAACUCAGCAGUAUGUGUACACAUUUGGCUUGACAUCAUCACACCUGAAUGCAGUCUGGUCCCCCUGAACAACAAUGGAGAGUACUCUUGAAUACAUGGAAACCUAGGCCUCCCAUGGCAUAUUUGUGGGGGAAAGUUAAUAGAGUUCUGUAUUUAUUGUGGAGUAAAGAAUGCACUCUGCUCAUACUUCUUUUUCUUUUUCUUUUCCUUUUUCUCUUUCUCUUUCUUUUUCUUUUUCUUUUUCUUUUCCUUUCCUUUUCCUUUUGACUUGUCUACUUGAAUUGUGUCUGUAGUUGCUUACUGUAUUUAAAAUAGUAUUAUAAAAAGAAACUAGAAAAAAAAUUUAUUUCCUUGUUUAAAUAUCUACUAGCUGUGGGGUACUUGUCUGGCUCAAUAAGUACAGCAUGCAAUUCUUCCUCUCAGGGUGGUAACUUUGAGACCCACGUGUGUGUAGAGAUUAUUUUAAAAAUAACCAGUAGCAGAAUUACUAGAUCAUAGUUACUUUUAUUUUUAAUUGUUAGAGAAACCUCUAUACUAUUUACUGUGUUGGCUCUACCAACUGACAUUCCCACCAACAGUAUGUGAGGGUUCCUUUUCUUCC